AUGACCAACCCUCCCCGCUUAACACGGAACAGCGUUCCUCCCUCCUUCCCCAAGGAAUUUGAUACUCUGACCAGUUUUCUGGACGAUCAAAUGCUAACUCCCAAGAGCAAGCUCGACGAGUUCCGUCGGUUCUUUGACUUGAAAACUGAAUGGUGGAACCGAUUCCACAAACAGUUGAAGAGCCAUGUUCUGCUCACCUCGAACUGGGCAGAGGUUCUGGAGAACGAGACGAGCCGCCAGAAUGUUGCAGCCGAGUAUCUUGAUCAAGUAGGGGAUGAACUCUGGGGCAAAGAGAAUCAGGAAAAGUAUCUCAUCGAGGAACAUGUUCAAAGCGGACAGGCUUGUGUUUAUCCCCGCGAUAGGAAGACAAUGAUCAAGGCACUUGCAUUUCUGCUUCAAAAGGAUGCUAAGAAUCGGCGGGAAUCCAUCUCCCAUGAGAUCAGCUUUCCGAAUCUCAAGGUGCGUGCACGCCCAGCCCCGUCCAGCAGUAGCUCUCUCUCCGAACCACCUCCAUCCGAGGGCGAUUCUCCGAGCUCGAUCAAAAUGAACAACAGUCGAGCUUCGACCCCUGCCAGACUGUUCAAGGUUCCCAAGGUUAGUGGAUCACCACUGACUUGGCGAAUGACCCACGGGCCGAACAAGUUGCACCAUGCGGAGCCGGACGCGAGUGCGAGGCCGAUCGAGGAUCUGGAGUCGGUGGAUGAUCCUCAUCCGUCCGCCGAGACUAGCUGGACAUCUUCGGCGGUUGUGACACGUGCUGCCUCCCCCCAUGAGGAGGGGAGUCAUGCACAGCUCUGUUGUCAAGAGACCACCAUGGAUUUUGGAGGGACCUUUCUCCAUGAUCUCUCUGACACGGCAUAUCAUAGUCUCGCCACUUACUUCCUGGUCCAAGAGGACUGUAGUUCGAAUACGCCGGUGUGUGUCCCCUUUUGUAAUUUCGACGAUUACCGAACCACCAACGAGUUCUUGGAUGAGAUGGAGAAGAGAUGCUGCUGUGCACAUGAGCCCAGCAUGCUUCAGCUGUUCGAAGAUGUACGCCAGUAUUCGUAUGCGGUGGUCUCUCUCCAGUGGUCGGGGGUCUCCUUUGUCUUACGCCGGGAGACGGAUGAUCUUCAGUCGCUGGCGAAUCGCAUUGGGUGUGCCUGGCGGGCCAAGGGAGCCGGAGAAUUGCAAACUUUUGAGUUUGUGGUGAAGGUGACUUUGAAGAAGGAUCCAGCUUAA